AUGGCACCAACCUUACGAACACUGAACAAAAGUAAUAUCGAGAUCGAAGCCAACCCCAGAAGGAUUACUCCGUUGCCAAAACAUGCAGAAGAGCUACGACAGCUUCUACUAAAUUUCAAGCAUAUUCUGCCUAAACAAAAGAAGAUCGAUCUCAAGAAACUUUGCCUUACAGACGAGCAUCUUGUAAGAGGCGACGUUCAACCGGCUGAUAACAUUUUCUUUGACUCUCUUCACCCGACGUAUGAGGCACGAUGGCAAGCAGCAUCGAACUUGCGAGAUAUGGCGAAACAUCUCGGUACGAGGCACAAAGAGUCGCAGCGGAAUGCCUUAAUGACGAACUUCGUUUUUCACGAUAUCAACCAGCAAUCAUCUGAGGUAUUUCUAUGGGGUUCGGAUGAACUGUUUACAAAUGCCGUCCCCAUUCGAGGACAACUCUCAGACAAGGAAGACCACCGACCAAAACCCGAUCUUUGGUUCGGUUUAGGCAUUUACGGCGACCAGCGGCUUUCCCGGCUUCAAGGUCUUGAAAAGUCCGGCAAAGCCGUUGAUCAUUUUACUCAAGACAAUUUACGAUGUCUCAGCCGCGAUCAUCCGAACGGAUUCUUGCAUCUCCCCUCGAAGUCAAAUAAAGAUGCAGGAUUUCCUUGGAUGGUAGUAGAGUUCAAAAAAGAACUCGGAGACCAGCAGGAAGCCCUGAGACAAGCUGCAAACGACAGCUAUACUAGUUACAGGCUUGGUGAACGUCUUGCGGCGAAAGGACACCUUCCAGUGUCGCCGAUCGUUGCUUUCACAUCGGUCGGACCCAAGGUGAAGAUAUUCAUCAUGUACAAAGAUAGAAGAGCCAUUUACCGUAUGGCUUGCAUAUGGAGCGGUAACGUCGAACACAUUCUUCACGCUGUGCAGUUGAGACGCAUUGUCGAUCAGCUUAUGUUCUGGGCGCUAAGAAUUUUCAAACCGUGGGUUACUGAAUGCUUGGAGCAUUGGUACACGGAAACAACAGGCUCAGAGACGGAUGCAGAAACCGAUGCCAGCAAUUCUUCUGACGAAAGUGCCGAAGAUGACGAAGAUUCCGAAGAUGGAGAAUGA